AUGAGCGCCGUCCUGCCUGAAAUGUUGCUACCAACCAACCGUCCUCGCUGCUUUUUCGGUCUGACUGCGGCAGUGGGCGAUUCCUCCGCCAGGAGGACUAAGUGGAGCGCGGACAAGCAAAGCUUGCACGUCCUCCAGUAUGGCUUGCUUUCCAUCAUAUGCCACAUGGAAAGGUCAACCGGGCAGGCUGGUGUCGAUUUCUUCAACCCAGCACUCGUGAGCUCACAGGACUCCCUGGUGCUUAACUGGGCCAGACUUUUAUCUGGGAAUUCCCUAAUGAACUGCAAGCAAUACAUCUCCGAGCGAGGGGAGAUAGAGCUCGUGUGGGCUGCCGAGUGA